AUGCCAGACAAGCGUCGUUCUUCCAAAGUUCCGCGUGAACGAAAGUCAUGCGAUAUCUGCCAGACCUCCAAGAUCGGCUGUGGCCAGGAACGCCCAGCGUGCGCUCGAUGCGUUAAGCAGAACCUUGAAUGUGUAUACAGCUUGUCCCGCCGAGUUGGCCGUCCACGGCCCAAGAAGAAUGAGACGGAUCGAAGAGAUUCUCAGGCGAGGCGAGUCGAGGACGGCACAAUGCCAACGAGGCCGGUGGCUGGGCCCAGUACCGACGUCGGUCGAAGUCAUUCGAACGAUUCCACAGCUGGCUAUUCUCCCUCUUACACCGCCCAAACAAGUGACUACUUCGACGAUGUGGACAUCAUCUACGUAACCAAUACCGGAUCUUCCGCAACAGCCGAACCUAGGGUGAACCUGUACACACCACCAGCGUCCGAAGACUAUGAUCAGCAACAGCUCCUCAACGACCUGAGUCUCUUCACGAGCAUGGACGUUGACAUGGCUCCACCUGAGCCACGCACUCCCGUCUCACCAACUUCGGUCGUCCAUCCGCGGGACCUGCAUACCGGUUGGAAUCCUGCAAGAAACUUGAACGGCCAGACCUCGCGACCAAACACUAGUGCAUACUACCCUGCGUACUCCAAUGCCGGUUCAUACUCCAAUCCGGAACCGCACUCAGACAUUUCCGAGACUUCACAGCCAUCAAGCAGUGUUCGCAACAGCAUGGACAGCGGCGAGAUCACGAGCGCGGAUCUUUUCUUGCCCUUCGAUGUCGGUUCGGCAUUGACGUUUGACUGGUCGAUGAGCGAUCCAUCCAAUAUCAUCGCAUCCGAGGAUCCUGAGGACUACCCUUCGCCUUUGAUAGACAUACCGCUGCCCUUUUGGGAAUUGGCCCCGGACGUAAGCGGACAGCCUACGAGCGGCGACAUAAGUCCAAAGACCUCAUGUACUUGUUCGGCGGAUCUCCUUGACGUACUCGCUGCGAAACCAGCCGCCUCGACCGGGCCGGGCAUCGACAUCAAUGACAACACAUUCUUUGCAGCGGCCGUGCAGAGAUCCAAGUGCAUACUGGCAUCCUGCACCAACGUGCUGGACUGCAAAGCAUGUGCGCCGAAACUCUCCUCGGCGCUGCUUCUUUGUGAGGCGAUGAAUGCCGUCUCGCUCGCUCUGGGCAUGGGCUCACUAUGGAGCACCAGACCAAUGAUGACCAAUGCCAUUAGUGCCACCAUAACCGACUCCGCGUCAUCGUCCGCACAUCAACCGCCUCGGAUCACAUCAUCGUCGAGCACCGCCACCUCCUCUCCCCCCUCAGGCCGUUGCAUCUCCUCUGCCCUCGCCCGCAACGAAGUGGCGAUGCGUUGCGGCUCGUACAAUGUGCGCGGCGCCGAGCGACGUCUAAUGCUGAAAGCGCUGGUGAUGAAGCGGCUCACAGACAUGCAAGGCGCAUUGCACAAAUUGCGUCUUGUCGUCCAGACAACCGACGUUGCAAAUGCAUUCUGUCAAAGAACAUGCGCGGAUCUGGCGCGAGAUUUAGAGAAUAAGGUGGCAGUGAGGGUAGAGCAGUUUAGGAACUUGCAAGUGUCGAUAGAAUGA